GGACUUUAGCUGCUAAAGCUACCACACCUGGCCCUACAUCAAGUUUUACUAAGAAGAGUGGAGAUAGAAAUUCCUGCACCUGACAGAGCUAAAGCAGGAAGUGUCUCAGUAAAGGACUAGAGCCCUGUCUGCAGUCAGACUGGGGUUUUCACAGACACCAUUGUGUCCUUCCUCUGGGAUGGUGUGUGUGAGGAAUUUGGGGUGUGGAAUUCCCCUAAGUCCCUCCCCACAGUACUUGCCAUCAAGGUUCUUAUCAGCAAUGACUCCUUCAGUCCACAGAUUCAACCCUGUGGGACCACUGUAUGGCUCUCUCUGCUCAGUGAGUUCCUUCAUCAGGCAGGGACCCCUCGGGCUAGGAGUUGGUAGUAUGUUUCUCAGGCUCUACCCCCUCCUGUCUCGCCUGCUGUAAGCCUUUACGGUGAGUGAGCCUUGAGAGUCAGGGGGUCUCCCACCCUCACCUGGCCCUGAGUGCAGAUAGCUUUGUGCCUUGGUGUCUACUUAUUCUCAAGUGCUUCCUCUGUGUGGUUGGUGAGAUCCCAUAGCUUUUCUUCUGUAGCCUGCUGCUCUGGAGGAUUUUGCAGCUGACUUUUAAGUCAAACCCUGCCUGAUCAAUGUGUGAUCUACUUUUUAUUUGCCAUUGAGUGUGGCUUGAUAACCUGUCUCCUAGGAGUUCUGCAUGUUGUGUUCCUGAGGGAGACUGGCUUGGACUUUUCUACCCUUGCAGACACUUGGGUUUAGCGUCAGCGACAUGCUGGCCCCCAGAAAUGAGUUAGGGAGAGAUGAGGUCAAGUUGCUGUUGACCUUUAAACAUUAGGGAAAAUUCGCUGAUAAAGCCACCUGAAAUUGGAAAUUAGUUUUUCACAACAUUUAAACUAAAAAUUCAAUUUUCUUACUAAUUACAGGGUCAUUUGGAUAAUCUGUAUAAUCCUGCAAGAGUUGUGAUUUGUGAUUUUCAUGGAAUUCGUAUAGGUGAAGUUGGUCAUGAAGUUUGCUGGAGACCUGUUUCCUGUCCAUGGGCUUCAGAGAUGUUUCCCCUCUCCUGGGGUUGGGCAUUUGUGUCUUGUCUUCAUGGUCAGUGUGGCUACAGAUUGAUUGACUUAGUGAUGUUCUCUCUUGGUUUGUUAACCUUUGUCAUUUUGUGGUUUUCAGUUUCACUGGUCACUGCUUUUACUUUUGUGAUUUUUCUCCUUGCUUGUUUUGGGCUUGCUUUGCUUUUUUCUCUUUUAAGGCAGGACCAUUAGUUUAUUGGUGACGACCUUUCUUUUUUAUAAUCAUUCAGUGCUAUGUAUUUCCUUCUAGUCACACUUUUACUUCAUCCCACAUAUAUUGAUGUAUUUUAUUUUCAGGGUCACUCAGUUCAAAGUUGUUUCUGAGUUCCUUUCUGAUCUAUGUUGGGAGAGUCUGGUCACACUAGACCUGCGCUCCUUCUUAGCCGAGUGUAUAGAGGACUCCUCACCCAUGCAGCCUGCCAGCAGUCCUUCACAGAAUUCUCACCCUCACAGAUUCAUGAAGGAGGGUAUCCUUUGAAGUGGCUAUGAGAGGUGCAUUUCCAUGAGCUUGCCCCCCAUUCUGCGAUGUCUUGCCAGUGCUGGGGUGCUGCCCAGAGACCCUGCCCAGGAGACGUGUUGUGCCCUGGGCUCUAGAGAGUAGCUGAUUUUCCACAGACAAAGGACUAAGACCUAAGAGGUAUAGGGUGAUGGGGAGUUGAACCGUGGGGCAGCAGUUGGAGAGGAACACAGGUUCAAGUGUGCAGCCUUUGUGGUGUGUGUGGGGUUAACCUGGGGUUGGGGGAUAAAUCUGGGUGGUGGAACACUGAUUUCCAGGAGGCUGAUGUGGAAUUACUGAAAACACGAAGGGACGGGGCCCAGAGCCCAGGAAUGGGGGCAUGACAGGCAGCCGUGAACAUCCUACUGAGGUCAGUGUCUGCAGUAGCAGGGAAGCCAGCAUUUGUGUGGGUUCUCCAGGGCUGUGGGACCAAAGUGGCCUGGGAAGCGUUCCCCACAGCUUGGCGGGAGGACUCGAUGGUUAUGAAAGUGAGCUGAUGAGUUGAGAAGGUGGCAGAAUUUCCAGGCUUGGCGAGCUAGAACACAUGAGCUGAAAGGAUGGGAGGAUUGGGUGUUUUGAUUAUGUUGAGCAGAUGGUAGCUGAGAUGAGUUGAGGGUAUGGGAACUGAGAAGCUAAUGGUUGGGUUAACCAUCCUCAAGGAUGGAGACGCGUGGCAGUAGAAGAGGGCUCCAGGUGGUAGAAUAAAUUUCUCAGCCCAUGUCAGUGCUAUUAGUGGUGGAAGAAGGCACCACAGUUAUUGCUUGGCUUGUAGUCAGGUGCCUUCCCCUGCUGUGAUUUCUGCUUUGUGCAUCUGUGCCCCAGACUCCUCUCAUGCAGGGACAUCCCUUGUGCUACCUGUUCUUUAAAGGCUUCCAAAGACAGGUGCCACUAGGAGAUACCAGGGAGGGAAGCUGUUGCAGGACACAGCUCCCCUCUCCUGGAGAAGUUGCUUGUCCUUGCCUGGACUUGGAGGGGUGAGAUUCAGGAAGACCACUUGGCAGCAGUACUGCCCAAUGAGAGACGCUUUCAGGACGCUGCCAAGACCAAUGACUUGGAGCUGAUGGAGAAGCUGUUUGCAAAGAAGGUUAACAUCAAUGCUGUCAACAGUAUGAACCGCACAGCCCUACACUUUGCCGUUGCGAGAAACCAUUUGUCAGCCGUGGACUUCCUGUUGAAUCACAAGGCCAGGGUGGAUAUUGCUGAUAAGCAUGGCCUUACGGUGUUACACCUUGCAGCCUGGUCUGGAAGCCUGGAGACCACGCUCAUGCUGGUGAAAGCUGGAGCCGACCAGAGAGCCAAGACUCAGGACGGGAUGAAUGCUCUCCACUUUGCAGCUCAGAGCAACAAUGUGCUGGUUGUGGACUAUCUCAUUCAGGAUCUGCACCUAACUGACCUGAACCAGGCUGACGAGAGAGGAAGAAAGCCAUUUCUCUGUGCAGCAGCAAGGGGCCAUGUUGAGAUGAUAGAAAAACUCAUCUUCUUGAAUCUGCAUUCCUCAGAGAAGGACAAGGAGGGAAACACAGCCCUUCACCUGGCCGCAAGGGGUGGGCACAGUCCAGCUGUACAGCUGCUGCUGACUCAGUGGCAAGGAGUGGACGAAGUCAAUGAGGAUGGAGAGACGCCCUUCUUUCUGAGUGUCCAAGAGGGUCACGAAGAAUGCAGCCAAGUGCUCCUGGAGGCAGGAAGUGACAUCAACGUUAGAAAUAAGCUCAAUGUCGGGGCCUUGCAGACUGCAGCCCGGAAUGGCCACGAAGCCCUGGUCAACCUCCUUCUGCGGGAGAAUGUGGACCUGCACCCAGGCUUGGGCCCCACAGAGUCCCCUCUGCAUCUAGCAGUGACCCACAACCACAUGGCCGUGGUGACCAGCUUACUGCAAGCCCAGCAUGACACCAACGUCCUCAAUCAGAGGCAGCAGACGCCCCUGCACGUGGCUGCUGAUCUUGGGGACGUGGAACUGGUGGAGACACUGCUGCAGGCAGGCUGCGACCUGAAGGCUGUGGACAAGCAGGGAAGGACGGCCCUGGCUGUGGCCUCCAGGAGCAGCCACAGCCUGGUGGUGGACAUGAUCAUCAAGGCAGAGAGAUUCUAUGCUUGGAGACAGGAGCUUGGCGAGGACCCUGACACCCUGGGCCCUGUGACAUUCAAGCAGGACCACAGCCUGGAGACAAGGCCCAUGCGUACACUGCUCUGGGACCUGGCUUACCGGCAGCUCAGGCCCCGCGAGUGGCAGAGGCUGGCCCGGUGCUGGGACUUCACGGAAGAGCAGAUCAGAGCCAUCGAGCAGCAGUGGGCGGGGAAGGAGAGCUUCCGUGAACACGGCCACAGGGCCCUGCUCAUCUGGCUGCACGGGUCCCGGCUCAUGCAACCCCACCCUGCCAAGCACCUGCAUGAGGCGUUGGUGCAUGCAGGCCUCCCAGAACUGGCCGAAAAGACUCGUCAAUUACAAAAUGGAACCAACUCGAACUCCAGGAAAUGCACAGUUUCAUAAAUUCUGAAAGAAGUUGUUCCACGAUUUUCUUUUAAAUUCUGCUCCUCGCAGGCCGUAAAUGUCUUCUGUUGGCACUGACUUUCCUCCCAACCCUGGGACGGUGCUGACCAGGGCCUUGCACAGGUGGACGAGGAGCAACACUGUACACCUCCCAGACACCCGUGUGGGUUUUGCUUAAGGCUGUUGUCCGUCUCUCACUUAAUGCAGACAUGUGAUCAUCUAGGAACAUCUGUGUGCCACAUCUUAGGCUGGUAAUGGAAGCAGAUCUACAGUGUGGCGACCCAGGAGUUUUAGAGACGCCUUUGCUGUGGAGUCACCAGGAAUCCCUGGGCCUGUUGCUACCGUUCAGGCUGUCAGACCCUUGGCUUCUCUCCCUGGGACUGGGGUUUGCUUAUCGCAACAGCAUGCCUUAGGUGUCACCGUGCCAGGUGCCUCUCCUCAGUGACUCCGGGUUUGGAUCUGGUUGUCAUUGGGGUUACAUCACAUAUAAAUGGAAAGGAUCAGAUGUAGACACACUGGCAUGUUUUGCCACUUGGUGGUAGAAUGACAUAGUGACUGCAUGCUACCCAGAUGAAUGUGGAAUUGGAAUGCCUAAGCCUCAGGCUGAAACCCUCCACGCUCAACCCCAACCACUGAUAAGUGUGAACAGCCUGCAUCUCAUCUAUGGUUUUAUAAGUCUUGUACUGACUGGAAACUGCCCACCUAAUGCUGCAAAUGCCCCAGCCAA